AUGGACUACCUCCACGGGUGGGACGCGCGACCAGACCAGGGGCCGGGCCUAGUGGGGCGGCUCACGGCGCGGGGCAGCGCCAUGGUGGACUCGUGGUUCGGGCUGGGCACGAGCGAGCAGCUCGCCCUCGACGGCCCCUCGCUCCUCGAGCGCCAGCUCACCGAGGCUUCCGCCCCGCCCUCCUCGUCGUUCGCCUUUGCCACCCCCGCGGCCCUCCCCAUGUGGGACAUCGACUUUGGCUUCGACGCCUCGCCCCUCCCCUCCACCAUCGGAGGUGGCGGCCCGCCCGCCCUGCCCCCGCGCUCCCUGCGCUACAACGACUCCGACCGCCUCAGCCUCAACGAGAUGGCCACAGCCUCCUCGCUGGACUUUGAGAUGGACACGUUUCCGCAGUCGCUGCCUUCGCGCGACCUCACCCACCACCCGCUACCCACGCCCGACGCCCACCUGCGACAUGAGAUCUUCGCUGAUGCAGCGGACGAGAGCAGCGACGACGAUGUGGUGGACUACCAGCGCGACAAUCGUGGGAAGCUCAACCUUUACGUCAACAGCAACAGCAACGAUCACAAUAUGGAAGGGAGCGACUUUUGGUCGGACUCAUCGCCGGCGCCGGCCUUGGUGGCCAAGCCCAAGUACUGGCCGGUGUUCAUUCUGCUCGUGACGGCGGCCGACAUCGCGGGCCUCAUUCUCGAGCUGGCCUGGAACGGCGGCGUCGAAGACUUCCAGGACAAUCCCUUCUUCGGACCGACGUCGGAGACGCUGAAGACGCUCGGAGCCAAGUGGACGCUGGCCAUCCUCGAGAAGAACGAGGCCUGGCGCUUCUUCACCGCCAUGUUCCUCCACGUCGGCAUCGUCCACCUCCUCAUCAACAUCCUGCGGGUGGGGUGGACGUUGGAGCGGCAGAUCGGGUUCUGGCGCAUCGGCCCGAUCUACAUCCUGUCGGGGUUCGCCGGCAACCUGGCCUCGUGCAUCUUCCUCCCCAACACCAUCACCGUCGGGGCGUCGGGGGCCGCCUUCGGGCUGGCCGGGGUGCUCGUGGCCGACCUCAUCCUCAACUGGGGCAUUGUUGGUCUGGCGCUGGCGCUUGCCGUGGGCUUGCUUCCCGGGCUGGACAACUUUGCGCACAUCGGAGGGCUGGUGCAGGGCUUCCUGGCGGGCCUCGUGCUGCUGCCCUCGCUGGCCGCGCGCGUGAAGCACUGCUACCGACUGCUGCGGUGGCUCAUCAUUCUGCUCAUCCCCCCCAUCAACGCCCUCCUCCUGGCCAUCGGCCUCGUGGUGGUCUACUACAACGUCAACCCCAACGAUCCGACGUGGUGCGACGUCUGCACCACCAUCGACUGCAUCCCGGUGCUCUCCUGGUGCAACUACGGCUCCGCGUGA